AUGAAUGACGAUAGAGGUUUCAACGAAGAGCUAGAGUUCUUUUUAAACGACUUAGACGAAAUGAACUACGAAUUGACAAGUAGUGAUGACGAAGAAGGUCGGCGUGAAAGGCGCAUUGAAGUACGCAGAAGAAUGGUUCCUUUCUAUUCUAGACGAACCGAUAUGUACGACGAGUUUUUUAAUGACGAUCAAUUAAACAAAACCUUUCGUUUUGAUAGAGCUUCACUCCAAUUUAUUGAAGGAUUGAUAAAUGAUAAACUCGAACGAAAAUUAAAUGGUCGAAAGUUUCUUACACCGAUGCAGCAAAUUCUUGCUGCACUAAAUUUUGAUGCCACUGGAUCUUUUCAAAAAGAGGUUGGACAUGUUCUUAGAAUGAGUCAAUCAUCGGUGUGUCGCAGCGUACAUGACGUUUCAAGUGCAUUAUGCUCUAUAGCACGAGAAUGGAUUUCUUUCCCAGAAAAUUUAAAUAUGGUAUGUCUUGAGUUCUCAGAAUUUGCUGGUUUUCGUGGUAUAAUUGGUGCAAUUGAUGGAGGUCAUAUAAAAAUAGCAAGGCCAUGGGUUGACGAGAAAAUCUAUGUUAACCGUUAA